CUUACACGUAAUCCACAAUGGUAUUCCGAUUCUUGCUACGUUAUUUGGCUAAUAAUGAACAGUUAAUUCAACGGAUGGCUGAGAGUUAUCCAAUGCGUCGUGCUGCUCAAAUAGUUGUAUCCAUAAUGUAUCGUACUAAGAAUAUGGCUCAGGAGCGUGGAAUUCAUAACAUGACCCCAGAACGUUUCAAGUCAUUCAUGGCUAUUUUCAAAAACAAUCUUAAGAAAGAAAUUGAAGGCGUGAAGGACGAAAUCAAGAAGAAACCAUUUUAGGAAAUCUAUAAAGUGGGAUAAUAGCCAAGUAAAGCCUGUAUUGAAAGCACAUAACUGAUCAAAGAUAUAAUAAGUAAUUCAAAUUAAAAGAAAUUCAAACAGUUUAAGAAACAAUUAUAUAUAUUUGCAAAACAAUA